AGGGUGGGUAAGACACUUUUUAAUUAAAUUCUUUCAUGAAGAAAGAUUUUUUUUUUUCCUUUGCUGCAGCAUUUAACAUGAACAAAAUCACUAUCAUUUUACCUUUGAAUGUCUGUGAACUUUAAUGCUGCACAGCUCCUGCAUGCUGUAAAGUGAAAUAUUUGCCUCUGUGUUUGUUCUGUUUGCUGUUUUGCUUUGGUUUUCGGGCUUUGUUUCGUUGGUUUGCUCUUUUUUUUUUUCCCCCCUUAAAUAAAAUAUGAUGUAGAAUUUGAAAAGAUUCAAUGGACAUUCUCAAGCAUAUUUGGAAAUAUUCUUGCUAAUGGAUUUCCUUCUUAUUGGUCUCUGUUUAAACUGGCUGCUGAGGAAGCCCCCGGGGUUGAUAUUGUGUACGCUGGGUAUCUUUUCUAAAAUGCUUCCAGCUGUGAAUAGUGGGUGUCCACAGCUCUGUCGGUGUGAGGGCAGGCUUUUGUACUGUGAAUCACUGAAUCUUACAGAGAUGCCUCGCAACCUGUCGGGCAUGAUGGGCUUGUCUCUGCGGUACAACAGCCUUUCAGAGCUGCAUGAUGGACAGUUCACAGGGUUAAUGCAGCUCACGUGGCUCUAUCUGGAUCACAAUCACAUUUGCUCAGUGGAGGGGAAUGCCUUUCAAAAAUUGCGGCGAGUUAAAGAGCUCACCCUGAGUUCCAACAAAAUAACCCAACUGCCCAACACCACUUUCCGCCCCAUGCCAAACUUGCGCAGUGUGGAUUUAUCUUACAACAACCUACAGUCUUUGGAGCCCGACCUGUUCCACGGGCUGAGGAAACUGACAACUUUGCACAUGCGGUCGAACGCCAUCAAGUUCGUGCCGGUGAGAAUUUUUCAGGACUGUCGCAGCCUGAAGUUUCUGGACAUAGGAUACAAUCAGUUAAAGAGCCUGGCUCGAAACUCUUUUGCGGGCUUGUUCAAACUCACUGAGCUGCACCUCGAGCACAAUGACUUGGUGAAAGUGAAUUUAGCCCAUUUUCCCAGGCUCAUCUCCCUGCACUCUCUCUGCUUGAGAAGGAAUAAAGUUACCAUCGUAGUAAACACCUUGGACUGGAUAUGGCAACUGGAAAAGAUGGAUCUCUCUGGCAACGAAAUCGAAUACAUUGAACCUCACGUUUUCGAAAGUGUACCUCAUCUCAAAUCCCUGCAGCUGGACUCCAACCGGCUGACCUACAUCGACUCCCGGGUCCUGGACUCCUGGAAGUCCCUCACUAGCAUCAGCCUCUCCGCCAACGCCUGGGAUUGCAGCCGGAACGUCUGCGCCCUGGCCUCCUGGCUGAGCAACUUCCAGGGUCGCUACGACAGCAACCUGCUCUGUGCCACCCCCGAGUACGCGCAGGGCGAGGAUGUUUUGGACGCCGUGUACGCCUUCCACCUGUGCGAAGACGCAGACCCCACGAGCGUCAACACCUUCUCCCCGGUGACCAACAACAGCGACCAGACGCUCGGCUACGGCUCCGCCACCGCCACCUACGACGUGCCGGACAGCGGCGAGGACCGGACCACGUACGCCGUCACCAUCACCAUGCCCGGCGAGAACUCCGAGAACGCCGUGCAGAUUCACAAGGUGGUGACGGGCACCAUGGCACUGAUUUUUUCCUUCCUCAUCGUGGUUUUGGUGUUGUACGUCUCCUGGAAGUGCUUUCCAGCCGGCUUAAGGCAACUAAGACAGUGCUUUGUCACACAGCGCAGGAAGCAGAAGCAGAAACAGACCAUGCACCAAAUGGCUGCCAUGUCAGCCCAGGAGUAUUAUGUUGAUUACAAACCCAACCACAUUGAGGGAGCCCUGGUGAUCAUUAAUGAGUAUGGAUCUUGUUCCUGUCACCAGCAGCCAGCGAGGGAAUGUGAGGUGUGAUUUUCCUUGUGGGAUUUAAACAGUGUGCAACCAAAUAACAGCGUGCAGGCAGACAGUGGCACGGGGUGGGGGGGGUUGCUGGGCUUUGCUGGUGGUUUCUGAUGUGCACCUCUGCCCAAAUUGUUAAGAGGGGCUGUCCCAGAGACUUGAUAUUUUAGCUUUAUCGUGUCUUAAAAACCUUCAGGACAGCCAAUCUUAAGGUUUCAUAUGCUAAUACUCCCUUUGAAGAUCUGUCAAUAUUCAGGAAUCUGAGAGUGUAAAAAGGUACCAAUUAUUGAUCUUUUGUAAACUAAAAAAAAAAAAAACUGUUUAAAAUAAAAAAAAAUAGCAUUUACAGUUUUUACA